CCUCCAGGAACGCUCCCCAUUGUCGCGGUCUUAGUUGGCUGAGCUUAGUCCAGGCCAACAACCGCUUCGUUCCUUAGGCCCGGAGCGGCCCACAAUUGCCAUGGCGAAUAAUAACACCCUAAAGGCGACUCCUUGGAGCGAAGAGGGCCUAGCCGGCGGCAGCCGCCAGUUCUCAAUCGCUUGCUCUUGGGAGUGCCGCACGGACCUGGCGAGCGUCGUGCGCCUCGUCUCGGAGGGGGAGCUCGAUGCCGCCUGGGAGCUUUCGGGACCCGCGCCGACCGGCUCAUCUAGUGAGAGUGUUGUGCUUCUUGAAGGACAGUUAAACAAUGACGGUAUCCCUCCAUGUUUACUGUACUUGCACUGUGAUCCUCAUGGGUCUGAAGAAAUUGUUGGGCUUGGCAUUUUGAGUGAGGCACGGAACAUGGAAGUCUACAUAGGAGAAGAGUACUAUGCAACUGGGAGGGGAGAGAAAGUCAUUACUUUUGAAUAUGGCAGCAAAAAAGACAAAGUUACUUUGUACAAAAAGUAUCUUGGAUUGGAGUGUUCUACAGCCUCUUGUAAAAUUAAGCUACUGUCGCUCAGUGAAAAACAGAGGGUAUUGAUCAGUAAAAUCAUAGUACAUGUCAAAUCAGUUUGUACAAAAUCUAAGCCAGUCUUCACUGAACUAGGAUCCGGAAUAGACCUAGACAAAGUACAAACCAUAAUGGAAUCUGUGGGAUCCAAAUUAUCACCUGGGGCACAACAGCUCCUGGAUAUGGUUCGUUUUCAGCAGAAGAAUGGACUUCCUUUUGGAGGCAAGUUACAAAAUAUAUUUGGAAAAAAUGGAUUUGUACCUGCAAAGAACCAUAGUAUCGAUGGAUUGGAGAAGUUACCUGUUCUGGGGAGAUUAGAUCACUUGUCCAAUGGACCCUCUUUUCUGAAGGCUAAUUCAGCAGCUGGAACAGUUAUAGAAGAUUUAAAGUUGCACACAAAAAUGAACAAGCAUGCUUCUAGUAUGGAGAAUAUGUUUGUGCCUCCAGGCCUUCAAACUCCACAAUCUUUUGCUGUAGUUCCUCAAAGUAAUGCCAAAGGAUUGGCAUCAUCUUUUUUACAAGACCAAGGAAAAGAAAACCCAAGUAUGCCCAAUUCCACACUUCUGCUUCCACUUCUUCAAACUGUAUGUGGUCAAGUAAACCAUCUACGAAUAGAUGAAAGGAGUAAACAAUAUGAGAGCAAUUCCGGAUCUGAGGACAGGGGAAUUCAAUCUAUUAGUGUGGAACAACAGCCUGUUUGCCUGUACUUGGAAAAGCUCAUCUCCAAAAACAUGGAACUGAUGGAAAAGAGAUUAAUGGAGAAUAUUGAUCUGCGUAUACAGAAACUUCAGGAAUAUAUAGAUAAUAGAACUGCUGAAAUAAUGGAUUUGGUUUUGAAAUCCAACAAUGAUUUACAAGAACAUAAUUCUCUGAGAGAAAAACUCAAAGGGGAAAGGGUAGACAGUCAUUGAAAAGUAGAAAAGCUCAACUUUUGUGUUUCUCAAGAACAAGUAUUUAUUUUACAGGCUUUUGAAAACUGUAUGCUGAAAGGCUUGAAAAUAUUUAAACCCUCAGAAAUUAUACUUGUUACUGUAAUUUCCCCAGUAUUAUACACUAACAUUAGUGUCUUUAUAUCUGUAACUUGCAAAAAUACCAAACCAAUAUUUUUUACAGUUCAGGUAAUUUUUACAUACACAUAUUUAUUCAUAAAUGUCUUCGAAGGUCUUACUUUUUUGGAUGUUUAUGCCAGAUUUAAUUAUGGAGAAGUGUUCUAAAUAAAGCAAUUUGCAGCAUUAUUAAUAGCUGGCUAGUACCUUAUGCUUUAAUGCAGUGUUAACA